AUGCCCGACUUACUUCUUCCACCCCCUUACCCGCCACUCAACCCCUCUGGUGUUGGCGGCUGGCGCUGGUGCUGGUUCCUGGUGCUGGCGGCUGGUGCUGGGGCUGGUUCCUGGAGCUGGCGGCUGGCGCUGGGGCUGGUUCCUGGUACUGGCAGCUGGCGCUGGGGCUGGUUCCUGGUGCUGGCGGCUGGCGCUGGGGCUGGUUCCUGGGGCUGGCGGCUGGCGUUGGGGCUGGUUCCUGGUUCUGGCGGCUGGCGCUGGGGCUGGUUCCUGGUGCUGGCGGCUGGCGCUGGGGCUGGUUCCUGGUGCUGGCGGCUGGCGCUGGGGCUGGUUCCUGGUGAUGCGCGCUGGGCGAGACGGGGGUCUCUGCUGGCGGUGGCGCUGCUGGCGGGGUCUCUGCUGGCGAAGUCUCUGCUGGCAGACGUUGCUAGCGUUGUAGCUGCUGGCUGUCCCACCAUGCCCUUCCCCUGCUUCCCUCUCCCCCACAGCGUUCGGCCGCCACUCCCUGCCCUUCUUCCCUCACCCUCCCCACAGCGACCGCCGCUGCACACGCGAACAAGCACGACGGGGGGUGGUGACGGGCAGGGGGUUGGGGUAAUGCGACGGGCAGAGCGACGGCGGGAUAAGGUGCGGUUGGGGCGACGGGAAGCAGGGCGACAGGCGACGGUGUGCGGACGGGUGGCGGGAAUCUGGUGA